AUGUUUAUAAAUAAAUUCAUAUAUUCAUACUUUAUUGCCGUGUCCAUAAUUUAUGGAUUGACAGCAUUUGGAUUCCUAUUCAAGGUUUUCAAUCCAGCAUAAAAAGCAUUGUCAAAAGUGUUAAGAUAAUAGCCAUUCUAUGGUUAUUUGAAAUUUACAUAUGGCAUAAUUAGCUUUGGAAUUUGCCUUUUAUGGGUUUAUAAUUUUGAUCAAGUCAAAAAGCAACUUGAACAUAUUGACUCGCAUUUGGAUAAAACCACAUUGGAGUACAUUGAAGAUAAAGAGGAUUUAUAUAGAGAUGAAAGAAAUCUUUACCUUUACGCUGGUGCAUUUUUUGUCACUUUAGCAAAUUUAAGAAUAUUCAGCUUAAUACAUGAUUAUUAUGAAUCAUUUGACAGAACAGAGAUAGCAUAGAAAAAAAUAAAGGAAUAAUGAUAUAAAAAACAUAAUAUUAAAUAGUUAUCAACACGUAA